AUGAAGUUCAGUCCAGUAGAUGAUGCAAAGUUGAUUAAGCUCGUAUCCAAGAUGGAUAAAGUUGAUUGGGUAAAAAUAUCCCACAAGAUGAAAAACAAGACACCAAGACAAUGUCGAGAACGGUGGAAUAAUUAUUUGAAUCCCGAGCUCCAUCAAGUUGAAUGGAGCGAAGAAGAGGACACCUUGCUCAUUAAUAAAUUUAAUGAAAUAGGUGCACAUUGGAAUGAAAUUGCAAAAUUCUUUAAAGGAAGAUCGGGCAAUAACGUACGGAAUAGAUUUUUAACUCUAUCACGACGAAAUAGGAAGAAUAAGAAUACACAAAAUCAUAAAGAAGAAAGUUCAGAUGACGGAAGUAUUAAAGAGCUCAAACCAGAAAUGAUAGAAGAAAAGAAGAUACACCCAGGAAAUAGCUCAAACUUCCAAGACAUUAUCGAUAUGGUGUUCAAAAAUGAAGGAGUUAUCGAUAUUUUCGAGAAACGGGAAGGCGAAGAUCAAUUCGCGUUUGAAUUUAUUUAA